AUGAAGAUGAUGUUAAGGACUUUAGUGUCCUUCAUGACUUUCAUGUCAUUGAUUAUGGGAUUUGAAAUCCCGAAAAGAGAUUAUGAAAAUAAAAAUUAUUUCAUUGUGGAAUUGAAUACCACUCAAACUAAUACACCUUUAACACAAUUUAUAAAUGAUAAUAAGCAUUAUAAAUUUGAACAUCAAGUACGUGGAUUAGAAAACCAUUUUGUAUUCAGUAUUCCUAAAGACCAUGAACAUAAUGAAUUUUUGGGAAAUUACAAUUCUAAUAAUAGAAACUUCAUCAAAAGACAUGAAAACUUCAUAGAAGAAUAUGACAAUUUAUUAAACAACAGAGAUUUGAAAUCUAUUCACAUGUUAACUCCAAAAAAAUUGGAGAAGAGAGCCCCAGUAUUGAUUAAGGAUGAGUUCAAUGCUGUAGAUUCUUCCCAGUUACCAUUAAAAGACGCUAUUGACAAGUUAGGUAUAAAUGAUCCUAUUUUCCAAGAACAGUGGCAUUUAGUCAAUACUGUCAACCCUGGGAAUGAUGUCAAUGUGACUGGAUUAUGGUAUGAAGGUAUCACUGGUAAAGGUAUUGUUACCUCAGUGGUUGAUGAUGGGUUGGAUUAUGAAAGUGAAGAUUUGAAACAAAACUUCAAUGCUAAAGGGUCAUGGGAUUUCAACGAUAACACUGCCUUACCAAAGCCAAGAUUGUUCAACGAUUAUCAUGGUACAAGAUGUGCAGGUGAAAUAGCAGCCGUUAAAAAUGAUGUUUGUGGUGUUGGUGUUGCAUAUGACUCCCAAGUUAGUGGAGUAAGAAUCUUAUCUGGAACUAUCACAGCUGAAGAUGAAGCUGCUGCUUUAAUUUUUGGAUUGGAUGUGAAUGAUAUUUAUUCUUGUUCCUGGGGACCAACUGAUGACGGUAAAACUGUUUCUGAACCAGAACUCAUAGUCAAAAAGGCUAUGAUUAAAGGUAUUCAAGAAGGGAGAGAUAACAAAGGUGCUAUAUACGUUUUCGCUUCGGGAAACGGAGGUAGAUCUGAAGAUUCUUGUAAUUUUGAUGGGUAUACUAAUUCAAUUUAUUCGAUUACUGUGGGUGCUAUUGAUUUCAAAGGAUUUCACCCUACCUAUGCCGAAGCUUGUUCUGCGGUAAUGGUUGUUACUUAUUCUUCUGGUUCAGGUGAACAUAUUCAUACCACUGAUAUUCAUGGGAAAUGUGCUGGACAACAUGGAGGUACUUCUGCUGCUGCUCCAUUAGCUGCAGGUAUUUUCUCGUUAGUUUUACAAAGUAAUCCUGAAUUGACAUGGAGAGAUUUACAAUAUGUGGCCGCUUUGAGUAGUGUUCCUGUUAAUGAAGAAGAUGGUCAUUACCAAGUCACAGCUUUAAAUAGAAAAUAUUCUCAUAAAUAUGGUUAUGGAAAAAUUGAUGCCUAUCAAAUUGCCAAAUUUGCCAAAGACUGGAAGAAUGUUAAACCUCAAACUUGGUAUUAUAGUGAUGUUAUAAAAGUCAAUGAAAACAUCGAAAUACAAGGGGCCGACUCCCCUGAUAAAGGUAAGGUGUUAUCAUCUUCAAUUAUCGUUAAUUCAAGAGACCUUGAUGUGAUGAAUUUAGAAAGAAUUGAACAUGUUACAGUUACUGUAAACAUAAAAUCUAGCUUCAGAGGUCAAGUCGGAGUCAGAUUAAUUUCACCAUUUGGUAUUGUUAGUGAUUUAGCUACUUUUAGAGCCCGUGAUUUAAGUGGAAGAGGAUUCGAAAAUUGGACUUUCCUGUCCGUAGCUCACUGGGGAGAAAGAGGAAUCGGUGAAUGGAAAAUUGAAGUCUUUAAUGACCCUCGUACUAAUGGUAACAAAAUUGAAUUCUUAGAUUGGCAAUUAAGAUUUUUCGGUGAAAGUAAAGAAGCUGACAAAGCCGAAAAGUUUGAUAUUGAUGUUGAUUAUGCUAAAAUUAGAAGAGAUAGAUUAAGUGAUGAUAAUCAACCUGAACCUGAAAUAACAGUAUCAACUGAAACCCCUGCUCCAACGACUGAAGCCACAGAAAACUCAACCACGACACCUGCUACAAGUACUGUACAAGAAGAAAAACCUGAGGAAACCAAGAAACCGGAAGAAACCAAAACCCCUGAAGAUUCUUCACCAACAUCAGACACUGACAAAGAAAAUCCAGAUGUAGACGAAGGUAACAAUGUAGAAGAUGGAAAAAACAAAGUUGUGAAAGACCACAAAGGGUUUUACUUCAUGGCAUUAGUAGUGGUUGGAUUCAUCAUUAUAAUGGUGAUUAUGAAAUACCAUAAAACACCUGGUAGUUCCAGAAGAAGAAGGAGAGAUGAAUAUGAAUUCGAUAUCAUUCCUGGUGAAGAUUAUAGUGAUAGUGAGAUGGAUUCUCACGAUUCUUUAGAUUUAGGUCAUAGGAAUGAUGCUGAUUAUAAUUUAGAUGAAGAAAGAAAUAGACUUUAUGACGAACUCAAUGCAGAGGCCUUGCCAAAUUAUGAAGAAGAAGAAGAAAUGUUCAAAAUUGGUGAUGAAGAUGAUAGUAAAGUUGAUACCAACAACCAAAAAGAAGAUAGUGAAAAUCCACAAGAUAACAAAGAUAAGAAAAAAGUAAAUUUUGCAGAUUAG